GCAAUCCUUCGAGUCCCUUUUGUUUUCAUUAUACAAAAGCAUAAAUACUAUUUAUGUGUAAGAUGUAACAAACUUUAGAGCUUUGGUAUUGUUGAAACAGAGAGACAGAAAUUCAAGAGAGAGAGAGAAAUGCCUUAUAUAGGCCGCCUAGGUCCCUUUUUGUUUUUAUUAUACAAAAGUAUAAAUACGAUUUAUGUGCACAAACAGCUCGCAUUCAUACUUUCGGACACAGUGCCAUUGUGCGUCACUUUCGGGGGACGUUACGUGAUUGUUGCGCGCUGCUGCUUGCGUGCCGUGCGUUGGAGUGUAGUGUUGAUAUGUAAUGCGAUUCAUAAAGAGUAAAGACCACUGGAGCUGCCAAACCACUGACUUUGUUGUACUGGUGGUGUUGCCGGAUGGGGAAUCGAAUGUGGACUUUUGAGACGGCUUGUUUGAGAUGCGCCUUGCCUCGUUUGAAAUGUAUGCGAGAGUAGGCGGCUGCAGUGAGCGGAGGAGUGAAAAGAGCGCAGUCAAGCCGGAUAUUUCUGAAUCUCGCUGUGUUGUGGACUACAAGCGUCAUCAGUGGACGAGAUGGCGUUCGCGAUACCACUGUUUUUACUCGAAGAUGAUUAUGAUGAGGAGAACCACCGAAGAGUGAUCACAGCCAUUUCAAAAUAUGAAUAUUCUCAUCAUCAAGACUAGAAGUGCAUCUUAACACGCAGGAGACACUCCAGGUGAAUCUGUGUGCCGUACUAGAGUAAAGAUGGACUUUAUUAAAGAGGACAUGAGUGAUCCAGAACCAUCCAGAAUAAAACAUGAAGAUACUGAGGAACAAACAGAUCAGAUGGUAAAAACAGAGCUAAGAGAAGACCUGAAUGAAGUAGAGAAACACUGCGACUUCAAAACUGAAGGAACAAAAGCCAAAAAGCUGCACUCCUGCUCACAGUGUGGAAAGAGUUACAGACACAAAGGAAACCUGAACGCACACAUGAGAGUUCACACUGGAGAGAAACCGUAUCCAUGCACUCAGUGUGAGAAGAGUUUCACAUCUUCAUCUUUACUCAAACUUCAUCUGCGUGUUCACUCUGGAGAAAAACCAUUUAACUGUGAUCAGUGUGGUAAAAAGUUUAAUUCAUUAUCACAUCUAAAAUCACACCUGAUAGUUCAUUCAGAUGAGAAGCCUCAUGUGUGUUCUCUCUGUGGAAAGAGUUUUUCAUGGCUGAACAAUUUUAAACAACACCAGAAAACACACAAUGAAGUGAGAGAUCAUGUGUGUUGUGACUGUGGAAAGAGCUUUACUGCAUCUGCUGAACUGAGACAGCACCAAAGAAUUCAUACUGGAGAAAAACCUUACAAGUGCUCAUACUGUGACAAGAGUUUUGCUCAGUCUGGAAACCUGAAAGUACACGAGCGAGUUCACACUGGAGAGAAGCCGUAUCAGUGUCCUCAGUGUGGAAAAGGUUUUACUUUAUCAUCAUGUCUCAAAAAACACCUAACUUUUCAUUCAGGUGUUAAGCCUCACUUGUGUUCUCUCUGUGGAAAGAGUUUCAGAGAAAAAGGAAACCUUAACAGACACAUGAGAGAUCACACUGGAGAGAAACCGUAUCCAUGCACUCAGUGUGAGAAGAGUUUCACAUCUUCAUCCUUUCUCAAGUAUCAUUUGAGUAUUCACUCUGGAGAAAGACCAUUUAACUGUGAUCAGUGUGGUAUAGGGUUUAUUUUAUCAUCACAACUAAAACAACACCUGAAAGUUCAUUCAGAUGAGAAGCCUUAUGUGUGUUCUCUCUGUGGAAAGAGUUUUUCAUGGCUGGAAAGUUUUAAACGGCACCAGAAAACACAUGAUGAAGUGAGAGAUCAUGUGUGUUGUGACUGUGGGAAGAGCUUUACUACAUCUGACAAACUGAAACGGCACCAAAGAAUUCAUACUGGAGGAAAACCUUACAAGUGCUCAUACUGUGACAAGAGUUUCACUCAUUCUGGAAACCUGAAAUCACACAAGCGAGUUCACACUGGAGAGAAGCCGUACGCCUGUACUCAGUGUGAGAAGAGUUUCAAAAAUUCAACAGGUUUGAGAAAACAUCUGCGCAUUCACUCUGGAGAAAAACCAUUUAACUGUGAUCAGUGUGGUAAAGAUUUUAUUACAUCAUCAAAUCUAAAGAGACAUCUGAAAGUUCAUUCAGACGAGAAGCCUUAUGUGUGUUCUCUCUGUGGAAAGAGUUUUUCACGACUGCAAGGUUUACAACAGCACAAGAAAACACAUGAUGAUGUAAAAGAUCAUGUGUGUUGUGACUGUGGAAAGAGCUUUAAUAGAUCUAGUCAUCUGAAACAGCACCAAAGAAUUCAUACUGGAGAAAAACCUUACAAGUGCUCAUAUUGUGACAAAAGUUUUGCUCAGUCUGGAAACCUGAAAUAUCAUGAGCGAGUUCACACUGGAGAGAAGCCGUACGCCUGUACUCAGUGUGGGAAAAGUUUCAAAGAUUCAGCAGGUUUGAGAAAUCAUCUGCGCAUUCAUUCUGGAGAAAAACCAUUCAACUGUGAUCAGUGUGGUAAAGAUUUUAUUUCAUCAUCAAAUCUAACGAAACACCUGAAAGUUCAUUCAGAUGAGAAGCCUUAUGUGUGUUCUCUCUGUGGAAAGAGUUUUUCACGACUGAACGGUUUACAACAGCACCAGAAAACACAUGAUGAUGUAAAAGAUCAUGUGUGUUGUUACUGUGGAAAGAGCUUUAGUAGAGCUGGUGAUCUGAAACUGCACCAAAGAAUUCAUACUGGAGAAAAACCUUACAAGUGCUCAUACUGUGACAAAAGUUUCACUCAGUCUGGAUCUCUGAAAUCACAUGAGCGAGUUCACACUGGAGAGAAGCCGUACGACUGUACUCAGUGUGAGAAGAGUUUCAAAGAUUCAUCAGGUCUCCGUCAUCAUCUGCUCAUUCACUCUGGAGAAAAAACAGAGCUAAGAGAAGACCUGAAUGAAGUAGAGAAAAACUGUGACUUCAAAACUCAAGGAACAAAAGCCAAUAAGCUGCACUCCUGCUCAGAGUGUGGAAAGAGUUUCAGACACAAAGAAAAUCUUAACAGACACAUGAGAGAUCACACUGGAGAGAAACCGUAUCCAUGCACUCAGUGUGAGAAGAGUUUCACAUCUUCAUACAUACUCAAAAUUCAUAUGCGUUUUCACUCUGGAGAAAGACCAUUUAACUGUGAUCAGUGUGGAAUAGGGUUUAUUUCAUCAUCACAUCUAAAAAAACACCUGAUAGUUCAUUCAGAUGAGAAGCCUCAUGUGUGUUCUCUCUGUGGAAAGAGUUAUUCAAGCCUGGACAGUUUAAAACGGCACCAGAAAAUACAUAAUGCAGUGAAUGAUCAUGUGUGUUGUUACUGUGGGAAGAUCUUUACUACACCUAGUGAACUGAAUCAGCACCUAAGAAUCCAUACUGGAGAAAAACCUUUUGAGUGCUCAUACUGUGACAAGAGAUUCACUCAUUCUGGACACCUGAAAUCACACGAGCGACUUCACACUGGAGAGAAGCCGUAUCACUGUACUCAGUGUGAGAAGAGUUUCAAAGAUACAUCAGGUCUCCGUCAUCAUCUGCUCAUUCAUUCUGGAGACAAACCAUUUAACUGUGAUCAGUGUGGUAAAGAGUUUAUUACAUUGUCACAACUAAAUAGUCACCUGAAAGUUCAUUCAGAUGAGAAGCCUCAUGUGUGUUCUCUCUGUGGAAAGUGUUUUUCAAGCCUGGAGAGUUUUAAACAACACCAGAAAACACAUGAUAAAGUGAAAGACCAUGUGUGUUGUUACUGUGGGAAGAUCUUUACUACACCUAGUGAACUGAAUCAGCACCAAAGAAUUCAUACUGGAGAAAAACCUUACAAGUGCUCAUACUGUGACAAGAGAUUCACUCAUACUGGACACCUGAAAUCACACGAGCGACUUCAUACUGGAGAGAAGCCGUAUCACUGUACUCAGUGUGAGAAGAGUUUCAAAGAUACAUCAGGUCUCCGUCAUCAUCUGCUCAUUCACUCUGGAGAAAUUUUUUUUAACUUUGAUCAGUGUGAUGAAGAUUUUAUUUCAUCACAACUAAAUAAUCACCCUAAUGUUCAUUCAGAUGAGAAGCCUUAUGUGUGUUCUCUCUGUGGAAAGUGUUUUUCAAGCCUGGAGAGUUUUAAACAACACCAGAAAACACACGAUGAAGUGAGAGAUCAUGUGUGCUUUGACUGUGGGAAGAGCUUUAAUACAGCUGAGAAUCUGAAUCAGCACCAAAGAAUUCAUACUGGAGAAAAACCUUUCAAGUGCUCAUCUUGCGAGAAGAGAUUCACUCAGUCUGGACACCUGAAAUCACAUGAGCGACUUCAUACUGGAGAGAAGCCGUAUCACUGUACUCAGUGUGAGAAGAGUUUCAAAGAUUCAUCAGGUCUCCGUCAUCAUCUGCUCAUUCACUCUGGAGAAAAACCAUUUAACUGUGAUCAGUGUGGUAAAGAGUUUAUUUCACCAUCAGAACUAAAACAACACCUGAAAGUUCAUUCAGAUGAGAAGCCUUAUGUGUGUUCUCUCUGUGGAAAGAGUUAUUCAAGGCUGGACAGUUUUAAACUGCACCAGAAAACACACAAUGAAGUGACAGAUCAUGUGUGUUGUGACUGUGGGAAGAGCUUUACUAGAACUGAUGAACUGAAUCAGAACCAAAGAACUCAUACUGGAGAAAAAACAUACAAGUGCUCAUACUGUGACAACUUUGAUUCACUCAGUCUGCAAACCUGAAAUCACACGAGCGAGUUCACACUGGAGAGAAGCCGUACGACUGUACUCAGUGUGGAAAGAGUUUCACCCAAUCAAGUAAUCUAGUGACUCAUAUUAGAAAGCAUUGUUCUGUGUCACAGUGAGCAAAUGUUUUGUUAGAUUCACAUAAAGUAAAUGUGUAGUUAGUUAACUAAUAAACUAGUGUUACUGUGAAAUGCAGCAAGAAUUGUGUUUUAUAUGUUGGAGAACAAGAAUAUUAUUGAAAAUUAUGUUGAUUGAACACUUACUCAAAGAAAAUAAAAAAUACCAAAAUGAAAAGAGACUGGAAAGAAAUGCAGAGAAGAGUUUCAGAUGUUUAUCAAACCUUCACACUCACAUAAAAAACUGUUGCAAGCAAUCAACAGUCAUUUCUA